CAGUGUAUUUCUGUGCGCAAAUGCCUGCUCCCCCAAAGCAGACAAAGAAAAGCAAAAAUAUUUGUAGCCCACCCUGUUCCGCAGCUGCAUGGACCUUAACAUCUAGCGCCAACUCAGAGUAGAGUGUGCCAACCCAAAAUAGGCUCCGGGUCAGUCUAAGCGACUUUUCCGCAUCCAUAUUGCGCAGGAAAGAAAGCGCGGUCAUCUCGGCGCACAGGUGGGUGCGCUCUCCAAACGCCCUUUCCAAACGGUGCCAAGCGAGAGAUCUUGGACACAGGUGGACCAAAACGAUCAGCUGCAAAAGGACCCGAUUGGCGAUUAAUUUCAGGAAAGGAAGGGGGAAAAAAAAUGGAUUUGCAUGCACGGUAGUCUCAUGAAGAGAGGAGGGGACAUGGGCGGGGCCGAGGCGCCUCUCGUUUCCCCUCCACGCUUAGCGGGGCAGCAGGGCUGGAAAUACCUCCCGGGAGCACAGUCGCCAGUCCAGCACGGAGACCCGCCUGGCCAAAAGAACGCGCCUCACACUUACCAGGAUUGCCAACAAUUCCUGAAAAAUAUACCUGCUAUUUAUGGCAUGUGGCUUGUAACUUUACUCCUGCUGUACUCUCUCCAAGAAGUACACAGUGAGGAUGUGGGCUCUACCAGGCUGUACUUUGUAAAUGCCUCCCUGCAGAGGGUAACCUACUCCAGCUCAGUGGGGGUGUCCCUGCCCUGUCCUGCAGGGGGCACCCCCAGCGCCAUACUGCGCUGGUACCUGGCCACUGGCGACGACAUCUACGACGUGCCCCACAUCCGCCAUGUGCACGCCAACGGCACCCUCCAGCUGUACCCGUUCUCGCCCUCCGCAUACAACAGCUACAUCCACGACAACGACUACUUUUGCACCGCCGAGAACCAGGCGGGCAAGAUCCGCAGCCCGAACAUCCGCAUCAAAGCUGUUUUCAGGGAACCCUACACUGUGCGGGUGGCGGACCAACGCUCAAUGCGGGGCAACGUAGCAGUGUUCAAGUGCCUCAUUCCUGCUGCCGUGCAGGAGUAUGUCAGUGUUGUGUCCUGGGAAAGAGACACUGUUUCCAUUGUUCCAGGUAACAGGUUCUCCCUGACCUCCUUUGGAGCUCUUUACAUCUCUGAUGUUCAGAAAGAGGAUGCCCUCUCCACAUACCGCUGCAUCACCAAGCAUAAGUACAGUGGUGAGACGCGACAAAGCAACGGAGCCAGGCUGUCAGUAAUGGACCCGAGUGAGUCCUCGCCCACCAUCUUGGACAGUUUCCAAGCCGGGGAGGUGUACGCCGGCCAGAGCAUCGAGCUCCCCUGCAUAGCGGGCGGCUACCCGAGCCCCACCGUGCGCUGGCUGAAAGAUGGUCGGCCGCUGCCCUCAGACGCCCGCUGGACCCGGCGCUUGACUGGGCUGACCAUCAGCGACCUGAGGCAGGAGGACAGCGGCAGCUACGCCUGCGAGGUCACCAACAGUUUUGGCUCCAAGGAGGUGUCUGGACAGCUUCACGUAAUAGAUCCACUGCGAGUGACGCUGUCUCCCAAGAACCUGAAAACAGGCAUCAGCAGCACCCUGUUCUUCACCUGCACUGUGGAGGGUUCUCCAGAAUACACCAUCAGCUGGUACAGGAACACUGAGCCUAUUGUUCCCGACCAGCACAUUUUCAUACAGGGACAACACAACGACACGCUGCAGAUCACUGCAGCUCAGAAGUUCCACUCUGGAGCCUACCAAUGCUUUGCUUCCCGAAAGGGCCACACAGCUCAGGACUUUUCCAUUAUUCUCUUAGAGGACGGUACUCCUCGUAUUGUGUCUUCCUUCAGCGAGCGGGUGGUGAACCCCGGCGAGCCUUUCUCUCUCAUGUGUUCUGCCAAAGGAGCCCCACCGCCCUCUAUCACCUGGACUCUGGACGAUGAGCCCGUGGUGCGAGAUUCUACCUACAAGACCAGCCAGUACACCCUGUCCGACGGCCUGACCGUGUCUCACGUCAACGUCAGCAGUCCACUCAUUCGAGACGGGGGAGUGUAUCGUUGCGUCGCACGAAACUCGGCCGGUAGCGCCGAGUACCAAGCGCGCAUAAACGUAAGAGGUCCGCCUCGAAUAAGACCCAUGCGAGAUAUCACAGCGGUGGCAGGCAGAAACACAUAUAUAACAUGCCGCGUGAUUGGCUACCCGUACUACUCGAUCAAGUGGCUGAAGGACGGCAUGCAGCUGCCUGAUAAUCAUCGUCAAGUGGUGUUUGAGAAUGGCACCCUGAGGCUUACGGACGUGCAGAAGGGCGCCGACGAAGGGACCUACUUGUGUAGCGUUCUGAUCCAGCCCCAAGUGUCAAUCAACCAGACGGUCCAUGUAACGGUUAAAGUGCCGCCGCUCAUCCAGCCCUUCGACAUCCCCUCUACCUCAGUGGGGAAGCUCAUGUACAUCGCCUGCGUGGUGUCGUCUGGGGACAUGCCCAUACGCAUCACCUGGCACAAAGACGGCCAGCUCAUAGUGCCAGGCUCUGCCUCUGGCGUCGCAAUCGAGACCAAAGAGUUCAUGAGUUCCCUGCAGAUCUCCAAGGUGACACUGAAGCACAACGGGAACUACACCUGCAUCGCCAGCAACGCCGCAGCCACCGUCAGCUGGGAGAGACAGCUGAUUGUCACCGUGCCGCCACGUUUUGUGGUUCAGCCCAACAACCAGGAUUGCAUUUAUGGAAAAGCAGGCGUUCUGAACUGCUCGGUGGAGGGUUAUCCACCUCCAAAAGUUAUGUGGAAACACGCCAAAGGUGUUGGAAACCCACAGCAGUACCACCCCGUCCCGCUCACCGGCCGCAUCCAGAUCAUGUCGAACGGCUCCCUGCUUAUCCGGCAUGUCCUUGAGGAUGACAGAGGGUACUACCUCUGUCAGGCCUCCAACGGCGUUGGCUCAGACAUCAGUAAAAGCAUGAUCCUCACUGUCAAGAUUCCCGCCAUGAUCACCAGCCACCCCAACACCACCAUGGCGAGGAAGGGCCAGACCAAGGAGCUGAACUGCACAGCACGGGGCGAGCAGCCCAUUAUUAUCCGCUGGGAGAGAGGAGACACGGUCAUUGAUGCAGAGAGAAACCCCCGGUACUCCAUCACUAUCAACAAGAAGGGAGAUGAAGUCAUCUCCACCCUGAAGCUGAACCCAGCCGAGCGAGGAGAUUCAGUCUUCUUCUCCUGCCACGCCAUCAACUCCUAUGGAGAGGGCCGAGGGCUCAUCCAACUCACAGUGCAAGAACCACCGGAUCCCCCGGAGCUGGAAGUGAGGGAGGUGAAGGACAGAAGCAUGAACCUGCGCUGGAUCCAAAGGUUUGAUGGCAACAGCAUCAUCACCAGCUAUGAUAUUGAGUACAAGAAUAAAUCAGACUCUUGGGAUCACAUGUACACAACCAGGAACAUCUCCCCUACAAACAAUCAAGCCAACAUUGUGGAAUUGCAUCCGGCUUGCGUUUACAGCAUCCGCAUGUAUUCGUAUAACAAAAUCGGACGCAGCCUCCCUAGCAAAGAGCUCACUAUCAGCACUGAGGAAGCGCCACCUGAUGGGCCCCCGAUGGAUGUUGUCCUCCAACCGAUGACGUCUCAGAGCAUUCGAGUCACAUGGAGGGCUCCCAAGAAGGAACUGCAGAAUGGGGUUAUCCGAGGCUAUCAGAUCGGCUACAGAGAGAACGGGCCUGGCAGCAACGGCCAGUACAGCAUCGUGGAGAUGAAAGCAACGGGGGACAGCGAGGUGUACACCUUGGACAACCUGAAGAAGUUUGCUCAGUACGGCGUGGUCGUCCAGGCUUUCAACAGAGCUGGAACUGGGCCGUCCAGCACCGAGAUCAACGCCACCACACUGGAAGACGUGCCGAGCGAGCCCCCACAGAACGUGAGAGCAAUCUCGGUGACGUCGGAUGAGGCGGUGAUCACGUGGUCGGAGCCUCCGCGCAUGACGCUGCACGGCGUGCUGAAAGGCUACCGGGUUGUGUUUUGGUCCCUCUUCCCCGACGGAGGUGGGUGCUGUGGGGGCCGGGCCCAGUGGCCGAUGCAGAAAUGGGGAGAGAUGCAGAACAUCACCACCACACGUGAACAGGUGGAGCUGCGAGGGCUGGAGAAAUUCACCAACUACAGCGUUCAGGUUCUGGCCUACACGCAGGCCGGUGACGGAGUCCGCAGCAACGUCCUGUACAUACAAACGCGCGAGGACCUUCCCGGUCCACCAGCCGGCAUCAAGGCAGUUCCUUCCUCUCCAAGCAGCGUGGUCGUGUCCUGGUUACCACCUCUCAAACCAAAUGGUGUUAUCCGCAAGUACACCAUUUACUGCUCCAGUCCAGGAUCUGGGCAGCCGGCGCCCAGCGAGUACGAGGCCAACCCCGAGAUGCUCUUUUACCGUAUCACGCACCUCAGCCGCGGCAAACAGUACCACAUCUGGGCCGCGGCCGUGACGACCGCCGGCCGCGGCAACAUCAGCUCAAAGGUCACAGUGGAGCCUGCUGGGAAAGUCCCGGCAAAAAUCCUCUCCUUCGGGGGCACGGUGACCACGCCCUGGAUGAAGGAAGUCCGUCUGCCCUGCAGCUCGGUCGGCGAGCCCGCCCCCACCAUUAAAUGGACCAAAGACAGCGAGGAUUCUGCCGUCCCAGUGACGGCCGAUGGUCAGCGGCAGAUCUUGUCCAACGGCACGCUGGUGCUACGUUCGGUAAAAGCCGAGGAUUCUGGGUACUACACCUGCACGGCGACUAACACCCUGGGCUUUGACACCAUCAUUGUGAAUCUGGUGGUGCAAGUUCCUCCUGACCAGCCUCGUCUGACUGUCUCCACCACCUCCACCUCCUCCAUCACCCUGGCUUGGAUUCCAGGGGACAAUGGAGGAAGCUCUAUCAGAGGAUUUGUGCUGCAGUAUUCUGUGGACAACACAGAGGAGUGGAGGGAUGUGUUCAUCAGCUCCAGCGAGCGCUCCUUCAGGCUGGACAAUCUGCGCUGCGGAACAUGGUACAAAGUCAAGCUGGCAGCCAAGAACAGCGUCGGCUCGGGUCGCAUCAGUGAGAUCAUCGAGGCCAAGACGCACGGAAGAGAGCCGGUGUUUAACAAGGACCAGCCGCUACUCACCCACAUCAACUCCACCCAUGCGGGACUCAACCUGCAGGGCUGGACCAGUGGCGGCUGCCCCAUCACUGACCUAAUGCUGGACUUCAGACCUAAAGGCACCUGGGCCUGGCAGAGCCUUAAGGCCAACUCCACCAAUCAGCUGUUCCUCAGCGAGCUUCGCGAGGCCACAUGGUACGAGCUCAAAAUGAAGGCCUGCAACAGCGCUGGCUGUGGAAACCAGACCUCCCAGUUUGCUACCACCGACUAUGAUGGCAGUACGAUCCCCCCCAUUAAAUCUGCCCGUGGAGAGGGGGAUGACGUGAAAAAACUGUUCUCCAUCGGCUCUCCUGUCAUCCUGGUCACUCUGGGCGUGGCUUUGCUCUUCAUCAUCCGUAAGAAACGCAAAGAGAAGAGGCUUAAACGGCUCAGGGAUGCUAAGAGCCUGGCUGAGAUGCUGAUCAGCAAGAACAAUCGCAGCAUAGACACGCCGGUGAAGGGCCCUCCGCAAGGGCCGAGGCUCCACAUCGACAUUCCCCGAGUUCAGCUGCUCAUCGAGGACAAGGAAGGCAUCAAACAGAUAGGAGAGGACAAGGCAGCGGUGCCGGUGACAGACACCGAGUUCAGCCAGUCAGUGAAUCCCCAGAACUUCUGCACGGGCGUGUCCCUGCACCACCAGGCCCUGAUCCAGAACUCAGGACCUCUGAUUGACAUGUCAGACAUCCGCCCUGGCACAAACCCUGUGUCCAGGAAGAGCAUAAAGUCCGCUCACAGCUCCAGGAACAGAUACUCCAGCCAGUGGACACUGAGUCGACCGAGUCAGUCCACAGCUUCGGCGCGAACUCUGACGUCCGACUGGCGGACGAUGGGCUCCCACGGCAUCACCGCCACCGAGAGUGACAGCUACAGCGCCAGCCUCUCUCAAGACACGGAUAAGGGUCGUAACAGCAUGGUGUCGACGGAGAGCGCCUCCUCCACCUACGAGGAGCUGGCCCGAGCGUACGAGCACGCCAAGCUGGAGGAGCACCUGCAGCACGCCAAGUUCACCAUCACAGAGUGCUUCAUCUCCGACAGCUCGUCGGACCAGAUGACCACCGGUACCAACGACCCCGCGGACAGCAUGACCUCCCUCAGCACGCCGUCUGAGCCGGGCAUCUGCCGCUUCACCGCCUCGCCACCCAAACCGCAGGACUACGACCGCGGGAAGAACGUGGCGGUGCCCAUUCCCCACCGGGCAAACAAAAGUGAGUUCUGCAAUCUACCCCUUUACAUGAAGGCAGACCCAUUCUUCCGCAAGCAAGGGGACUCUCUGCAUGACCCGUGUCCAGCAGUGCCGCCACGGGAAGCCUCGAUCCGCAGCCUGACGCAGCGGGCGUACCACACCCAGGGCCGUCACAAGACUCUAGACCCGGCCAAGCAGCAGGCCCUGACGCUGGGUCACUCCGGCCUGGGCAGCCUGGGCGCGAGCUCCAGCACCUCCACCUUGCCCCAGAGGACUCUCACCAUGCCCAGCUCCAACAACGCAGCGACGGCCUCCACGUCCAGCACGAGCAGCAACCCCACCAACAGCAACAAGGUGGGCGGCUCCAGAGACUCGCUGCUCGAGAGCAGCUCCUCGGCCCUGGGGAGGCUGCAGAAGCAGAGCGUGGGGGCCUACUCCAAGUCCUACACGCUGGUGUAGUCCGGUCCGCCGCACAGACUCGCACUGCUGCCCCGCUCCGCAGCCAGCACCACUCUGGCUCUCAUAAGUCUGGGCCACAACAGGCUUGCGGGCAUCUUUCUGAAAGCCAAGCUCAUGGCGAACCGCCCGGCUUCCUGUCUACUUUUCCUUCAAGGGGGCGGAGGAGUUGGAGGCGUCCCACCCGUCUAGACAGAGACCCAGCUAACCCUACUGUUCAUGUUCAAAUGGAACUAAAUAUACGAGAACUACUAACUCCAACUAACAGUUCCAGCCGGCUGGUGCUCAGCUCCACUCAGUUCCUGCAGGAGACACACAGCCAAAUGCAGAAUGUGAUUUCUGUGGUCAUUUUUGCAAAUAUUGACUGUAACCAAAGAGCUGAAGGCUCUGAGUUCAUGAAAACUAUAAUAGCCAGUAUGAAGCUGUGCGACCAUCCUGUUUUUUCACACACACACGCACGCGCCCACCCAAACACACACACACACAUUCACACCCACGGAAACACAAUGUCCUUCAUAGUUUUUGAUUUGACUUAUUUUAUAUUUUUUGAUCAGUUUGCUGGACUUCAGCUAAGUCCCCUGUUUUCCCACGCUCUCUCUCACUCUCUUGGUGUCUCUCCCUAAUAAGAAUUGGCAGAUUUCCCUUUUUUAAUUGCGACUCCAAAAGGCAACGAUUCAGAUUCACCUCCACAAAUCAGUAUUCUCCACUCAUCUCUCUGCAGCUGAACGGUGUCUCAACUCUUCAGUCCAGUCACUACAACCCUGGUGAAGCAGCUGUAAUUUCUCACCUUACAAAUAGAGAAUAUUUGGUAUUAUAAAGAAUUUUACAUAUAUAUUUCUAUGUAGGUAUAUUAUUGACAUCUAAGGGAAAUGAUGACAAAGUAUAAACUGUAUGCGCUACACCGACGUGAUAGUUAUAUACAGCGGUUUAACGUUACCGGCAAAUUUUAAGAAAGGAGACAAUCGCUCAAUCACUGAAUUUAGAAGUAGAGAAAAUUUAAGAAAAGUUGGACUUAAAAAAGAAAAUGUUUAGUAUAUAUGUGAGAUAUUCUGUAUGUUAGUGCGUGCUGGCCAGCUAAGAAGGAAGAGUGACCCUCUCUGUUGUGGAGAUGGGCUAACAGAAAGCAGGGUGGGAAGAUUACACCUUCCCUAAGCUGUGGCGCCUUGGUUGUUUGUGUGGCUUUGGGGGGGAAACAAUCACAAUACCAGGCCUUCAAUGAUGUCUUCUUCUAUAGCUUGUUACUAGCCCGAGUGUUUGGUUUAGGUUGAUAUGCUAAGAUUCAAAAGUUACAGUGUCUUGUAAAAGCUGUUACGCCUCUUUUCCACAUCACAACCGCUAACUUCAAUGUAUUUUAUUGGGAUAUUAUGUGACGAAGCAGCAUAAAGUAGAGUUAAAUUGGUGGUGGAUGUGAAAUAACAUGUGAUCAUCAAUAGGUUUACAUGAAACAAAUCUAAAAAAAAAAUAAAAAAGUAUUUCAAGAGGGAUGCAUUCUUUAGCAAGGCACUGUAUAUUGUUAUCUCAGUGGAUCCCAAAACACCUGUAUGCAGUUUGCUGCAAAGUGGUUAGAGACUUGGGUUGUUCUCCGGUUUUAAGGCCUGUGUUUGUGGCUAGAUGGCAAAUCCUCCCAAGAUGUAGUUAUUUGCUUCUCAGCCAAAUAAAUAAGCUGAACUGAAUGCCAGUCAUAAUGUGAAUGAAGUAUUAAUAAUAUUAAUGUCAAGAGAUGUUAUAUGUCAGGGAAUUCAGUUAUGAAAAUUAUAUGAUGUUCACGGAAUUGAUAUCUUUGUUGUCGUCCUGUCUGAAGAACUGUAAAUGUCCCACUCUUUUUUAUCUCCACAUCGUCCAUCCAUGAUCCUUUUCUCGCUGUUGUACAUGAACACAAGAACCUAUGGGAAGGCCGUUUUGUCCCGCGAUAGUGUUUUGUGUUGACUAUUUAUUUACCCAUUUGCUUUGUUUGUUUGUCUGCUUGCUCGUUUAGAGGAAAGGAGAGGGUUUUUGUUGGUCUGUUGAUUUUGAUUUUUUUUCUUCAGUUUUGUCAGAAAUUUAGGUUCCAGGGGUCCAACAGUACACGGCCUGUGUUACACACCAGUUCAGCCAAGUAAAAUCAGGGACUUGUGGCUCUUUUGGUCAUACAGACUACUAUUGUAUUGUGUAUAUACUGGACCGGAGCCACGAUGUGAAACGGCAUCGUUUCGGCUCUUGCCUUCGUUCCCCACUGAGAUAAACUGAGGUACAAAUUCGCCCCCCCCCCCCGACCCACACCAGACCCUUCAUCUCUACCUUCGUCAGUGUUGUUUUUAAAUUGAGUCUUGUACAUAAAACACAGUUUUGUAUGAAGAGCUAUUUUCUUCAGGAUAAAUCAGGGGACGCAUCAAGGUGGAAAGUCCCACUUUCAAAAUUGAAAUAACAUCACAAAUUGUUUUUGUUUUGUUUUUUUCUAAAGAUGGACAAACACAUUUCCCCCCCCCUUAUGUUUUUGAUACUACUAAUUUGAAGAAUUUUUAGUCUUUUUUUUUUUUUUUAAAGAAAAAACAACGUAUUUUGAUGUUGUCAUUUGUCCCAUUUACUUUUUUUAACAUCAUUAUUUUAUAUUCUGUUCGACCCUCGGAAAAGUCAUUGCAUGCUUGCUAAAAGGGAAAAAUUGAUGGAAAAAUGUAUGAAAAAUAAAAACAAAAAAAGAUGUUGAAGAUAUCCCAAACAUUUCUUUAAGUUGCUUGUUACAGCAAUUGCUUGUGUUCAAAGGUACAUUUUCUAUGAAAAAGCAAAAACUAAAAAGAUCAUUCUAACACCUUGUGCAAUAAAGCUAUCUUUCAUAUGC